AUGGAGGGGCUCGCGAGCGAGGCGAGGCCGCGCGAGGCCUCAGGCAGCCCGCGCCGCGCGUCCGCUUCGCACGGCGCGUGCUCACCUCCCUCGCCGCCCAAGGCUGAAGCCUCGCCGCUCUGGAACGGCCGCACGUGUCUCGCCUCCUCACCGAAGGAGGCUGAGGCCUUCUCGUCGGCUGCGGUGUCUGCGCGGUCGCCGCAGCGCGCCCUGUCGAAUGGUCACGGCGCGGCGAAUGACGCCGCGGAGGACGGGGCGCGGGGCGCGGCGCCGCCCGGAGCAGAGGGCUCCAUGGGGAAGCUGCAGAUGCUCCUGGAGUAUGGCGAGAGCUACUUGUUGUCGCUCUGCAGCAACCGGAGACAGGAGGCAGGGGCCGCCGGCGACGAGGCGAGGCGCCGGGCGGCCAAGGCGGGCGGGGGGGGCGGAGGCGGGGCGUCGCGGCGGUCGCGGCGGAUUCUCUCUUCAGACGAGGAGUCCGAGGACGCGCGGUCGACUGCGCGGCGCGAGAGGAAGCGGGCGCGCGACGCCGCGGACUCGCCUUUGCCGGACGAGGAGGACGACUUGCCGGCGCCCGCGACGGUCACGCGGCUGACGACGCAUCCGUCGAUCCUGAAGUGCCCGCCGAAGCCUUACCAGCUCGAGGGCCUUAACUGGCUCGUGCAGCUCCACGAGCGGGGCAUGAACGGCAUUCUGGCGGACGAAAUGGGUCUCGGAAAAACUUACCAGACGAUUUCCCUGCUCGCCUUCCUCAAGGAGGGCAAAGGCAUCGACGGACCUCACCUCGUCCUCGCCCCCAAGAGCACAAUCGGCAACUGGAUGAUUGAGUUGCGCAAGUUCUGCCCUUGCAUCAACGCCGUGAAGGUCCUCGGCGACAAGGAGACGCGGCGCGCGACCCUCGCGCACAUCGUCUCGCGCACGCAGGCCGCGUCGGGACUCGCGCCGCGCGACGGGGCGAAGGCACCCCCGACGCGGGCGCGAUCGCCCACGCAGAGCGACGGGGAAGAGGAGGACGAAGACGACGAGGAGGGUCGCGAGGAGGACACGAAGCGCGAGAAAGAAGAGGAGGAAGUGCUUCCGGACCGCGUCGACGUGGUGGUGACCUCCUUCGAAAUGUGCAUCCUCGAGCGCGCGCAGUUCCUCAAAGUCAACUGGGAGUACAUCAUCAUCGACGAGGCGCACCGAAUCAAAAACGAGAGCUCCAAACUCGCACAAACCGCGCGCCUCUUCAACACGAAGCACCGCCUCCUCCUCACAGGCACGCCCCUCCAGAAUAAUCUGCGCGAGCUGUGGGCGCUGCUGAACUUCCUGUUUCCGUCGCUUUUCUCGUCUUCGGCCGAGUUCGAACACCUCUUCGACUUAACGGGCACCGCGGGCAGCGGCGGCGAGGGGGGGGCGGAGCUGACGGCGGAGGAGCGCGAAGAGCGCAACAUGAAGAUCGUCACGCGACUGCACCGCAUUCUGCGGCCCUUCAUGCUGCGGCGCGUCAAGAAAGAAGUGCUGAAGGAAAUGCCUCCAAAAAAAGAGCUGCUUCUCGUCGUGCCUCUCUCAGCGAUGCAGAAACAGCUCUACAAAGAUCUCCUGACGAAGAACGUCGCGGCCUUGCAAGGCGCGGAGGGCGCCGGCCGUACGCAGCUGCUCAAUCUCGCCAUGCAGCUGCGAAAGGCCUGCAAUCACCCCUACCUCUUCGAAGGCUAUGAGUCGGAGAACGCGGACCCGUUCGGCGAGCACGUGAUUGAGAAUGCGGGGAAGCUGCGCUUCUGCGACCGACUGCUGCGGCGCUUGAUUCAAGAGAAUCGGCGCUGUCUGAUCUUCACGCAGAUGACAAAGAUGAUUGACAUUCUCGAGGAUUACUGUCGCAUUCGCGCCUUCAAGUAUUGCCGCAUCGACGGCAACACCUCGGGCGACGAGCGCGACAGACAAAUCGAGGCCUUCAACGCACCCGGAAGCGACAUCCCGAUCUUCCUCCUCUCCACGCGCGCGGGCGGCCUCGGCAUCAACCUGGCGACCGCCGACACAGUCAUUCUCUACGACUCAGACUGGAACCCUCAGGUCGACCUCCAGGCAAUGGACCGAGUCCACCGAAUUGGCCAGAAGAGCGCGGUGAACGUGUACCGGCUGGUACAUGAGCACACGAUUGAGCAGAAGAUCAUCGAGCGCGCGAUGCUGAAGCUGCAGCUUGACACAGCGAUCAUCCAGCAGGGCCGCUUGAGCGACCAACAAAAUCAGCAGAAACAACUGUCGAAAAACGAGCUCAUGACCAUGGUUCAGUUCGGCGCAGAUCACAUUUUCAAGUCUGGCGGCGGCGAAGAUGUCACCGAGGAAGAACUCGAGGCCAUCCUCGCUCGCGGCCAGGAGCGCACGGACGCGAUGAACGAGAAGCUGCAGGCACAUGUGAAGAAGAGCCUGCUGGACUUCACGAUCAACUCCACGCCGUCGUCGAAUUUGUACGAGUAUGACGGCAUCGACUACACAGACCAGCAGCGCAGAGCGGAUCGCGAGGCCUGGGCGGCGCUCGCCGUGCAGACUCUCGAGGCGCAGAACGAGCGCGAGAGUCGCCGGCGCAUGCGCCUGCAGAAGGAACAGGAGCUGCAGAUGCAGCAAAACACAGAGCAACGCAAAGUCAAACACGUGCCCAGGGCUGUGCGCCUCCCCGCCAUGCAAGAGUGGCAGUUCUACGACCGUCGGCGCAUCGAGGCGUUGCAUGCAGCUGAGUUGAUGUAUUACCGCAACCAAGGCAACACGCGGGCUCCGACAGACGAAGAGCGAGAAGAAAAGCAAAGGCUGCUUCGCGAAGGAUUCGGAACUUGGGGCAAGCGCGACUUCAUACAGUUUGUCAAGGGCAACGAGAUGUACGGCCGGCAGGACUUGGCGCGCAUUGCGACGGAAGUCGACGGCAAAACGUUCGAGGAAGUCGCGGCGUACUCGCGAGUCUUUUGGAAUCGAUAUCAAGAAAUCGCUGGGUGGGAGAAGUGGAUUCGGCGCAUUGAAGAGGGCGAGGCGGUGAUCAACAAGCGCAGAGAACUCGAGCAAGUCAUCGUGCGCCGGCAGCAGCAGUGCGAAGUGCCUUGGCGCCGACUUCAGAUCCCCUACGGAGGCGCGGCGAAGAGCCGCAGCAUCUUUACUGAGCAGGAGGACCGGUGGAUUCUCAACAUGACGACGCUGCUAGGAUACGGCAACUGGGACAAGAUGCGCGAUCUUUCACUGCGCGAGCCGCAGUGGCGGUUCGACUGGUUUCUGCGGUCGAGGACGGCCAGCGACCUCGGCAAGCGUGCAGAGGCGCUCGUUAGGCUUCUGAAGAAAGAGGAGGGAGAGCGUUUUACGCGAGGUCGCCGCCGUUUGGACCUGCCCGACACCCGACCCUCGGUCGCUUCGGUGGCUGCAAGUGCCGCGGCCUCGGCGGCCUCAGGCGCGAGCAUGUCUCCGUCUCUGGGCGGUGGAGCCGCAGGCGCGUCGCCUCCUCCGAGUGCGGUCGGCGGCGGAGACUGUCCUGCAGCGGCGGGGGAGACGUCGGCUCCGCCGGGAGCGGCGUUCCUCGGCCCCGGAGGGGCUUCAGCCGGCGUGGAGCGGCCGUCCAGUGGACGGGCCAAGCGCAUGCGCAGUGCAGCCUGGGCAGCGGCCUAG